ACCGUCAGCGAGGCCUCGGACGGCGGCCGGUCCCGAGCGGAGGAUCGCCCGACCUCCCGACGCCCCCCCCCUCCCCAGCCAGCCAUGGAGACCCCCGCCCAGCGCCGGGCCACCCCCCGGGGGGUCGGCGGCGGCCCCGGGACCAGCACGCCGCUGUCGCCCAACCGCAUCACCCGUCUGCAGGAGAAGGAGGACCUGCAGGAGCUGAACGACCGCCUGGCCGUCUACAUCGACCGGGUGCGCUCGCUGGAGUCGGAGAACGCGGGGCUGCGGCUGCGCAUCACCGAGUCGGAGGAGGUGGUCUCCCGGGAGGUGUCCGGCAUCAAGGCCGCCUACGAGGCCGAGCUGGGCGACGCCCGCAAGACCCUCGACUCGGUGGCCAAGGAGCGCGCCCGCCUCCAGCUGGAGCUCAGCAAGGUCCGCGAGGAGUUCAAGGAGCUCAAGGCGCGCAAUGCCAAGAAGGAGGGGGACCUGCUGGCCGCCCAGGCCCGGCUCAAGGACCUGGAGGCCCUGCUCAACUCCAAGGAGGCGGCGCUCAGCACGGCCCUGAGCGAGAAGCGCACGUUGGACGGGGAGCUGCAUGAGCUGCGGGGGCAGGUGGCCAAGCUGGAGGCGGCGCUCGGGGAGGCCAAGAAGCAGCUGCAGGACGAGAUGCUGCGCCGGGUGGAUGCCGAGAACCGGCUGCAGACGCUCAAGGAGGAGCUCGAUUUCCAGAAGAACAUCUACAGCGAGGAGCUGCGGGAGACGAAGCGGCGGCACGAGACGCGGCUGGUGGAGAUCGACAGCGGGAAGCAGCGCGAGUUUGAGAACAAGCUGGCGGACGCCCUGCAGGACCUGAGGGCCCAGCACGAGGACCAGGUGGACCAGUACAAGAAGGAUCUGGAAAAGACCUAUUCCGCCAAGCUGGACAACGCCCGCCAGUCGGCCGAGAGAAAUAGCAACCUGGCGGGGGCGGCGCACGAGGAGCUGCAGCAGACGCGCAUCCGCAUCGACAGCCUGUCGGCCCAGCUCAGCCAGCUGCAGAAGCAGCUGGCGGCCCGGGAGGCGAAGCUGCGGGACCUGGAGGACGCCCUGGCCCGGGAGCGGGACACCAGCCGGCGGCUGCUGUCGGAGAAGGAGCGGGAGAUGGCGGAAAUGCGGGCGCGCAUGCAGCAGCAGCUGGACGAGUACCAGGAGCUGCUGGACAUCAAGCUGGCGCUGGACAUGGAGAUCCACGCCUACCGCAAACUGCUGGAGGGCGAGGAGGAGAGGCUGCGCCUGUCCCCCAGCCCCAACACCCAGCGCAGCCGGGGCCGGGCCGCCUCCCACGGCAGCGGCAGCGGGGCGGGCACCGGCAGCGUGACCAAGAAGCGGAAGCUGGAGACCAGCGAGAGCCGCAGCAACUUCUCCCAGCACGCGCGCACCAGCGGCCGCGUGGCCGUCGAGGAGGUGGAUGAGGACGGGAAGUUCGUCCGGCUGCGGAACAAGUCCAACGAGGACCAGGCCCUGGGUAACUGGCAGAUCAAGCGCCAGAACGGAGACGACCCGCUGCUCACCUACCGCUUCCCCCCCAAGUUCACCCUCAAGGCCGGGCAGGUGGUGACGAUCUGGGCCUCAGGCGCCGGGGCCACUCACAGCCCCCCGACCGACAUGGUGUGGAAGGCGCAGAACUCGUGGGGCUGCGGGAACAGCCUGCGCACGGCUCUCAUCAAUUCCACGGGAGAGGAGGUGGCCAUGAGGAAGCUGGUCCGCUCGGUGGUUCUGGCCAACGACGACGACGACGAGGAGGAGGACGGGGACGCCGUGCUGCACCACCACCACCACCACCACCACGGCGCUCACUGCACCGGCUCCGGGGACCCGGCCGAGUACAACCUGCGGUCACGCACGGUGCUGUGCGGGACGUGUGGUCAGCCGGCGGACAAGGCGUCGGGGGCGGGGGCCGGGGCGCAGGCGGCGGGCGGCUCCGUGUCCUCCGGAUCCUCGGCCUCCAGCGUCACCAUCACCCGCAGCUUCCGGAGCGUCGGGGGCAGCGGGGGCGGUGGCUUCGGGGACUCCCUGGUCACCCGCUCCUACGUCCUGGGCAAUGGCGCCCCCCGCACCCAGACGCCGCAAAACUGCAGCAUCAUGUGAGCAGUCAGUGGAGGGACUGGGGUGGGGGGCUUGGCAGCUGCCCCCCACCCCCCACCCACAUCCCCCUCCCCAAUUUGGGGUGGGGGGGGGUCUCCCGAAGCCAAAAAAGCCUCUAAGUUUUUUGUCUUGUGUUUUUUUCUAAGAAACAUGUAAUUUUCUACGACAGUUUUAUACUGAAGAGAAAAAUAUCCAAAUCCCACUUGUCGCGUGCCUUGCCGCUGCCUGCCUCCCCUCCCCUGCCCCCUCCCCGCCGAGAGAAACCAAAAACCAGUCUAUUUUUCUUCAGAUGAUUUCUUUUUCUGCCAGCGCUAGCGCCAAACCAAAGAGCUUUGCCCGCCUCUCCCCGCCCCCCAACCCACCCACCCAAACACCGGGCAAGGAGGGAGGUGCAGGGACCCUCUCCCACCGUGAGUUUACUUCUUCUUUCUGCCUGAUGCCCCUCGGGCCGGGCACGAGAGCCUCCUCCUCCUCUGCAGCCCUCCCCUUCUCUUCAGGGUCUCCCGGCCCUCAGACGCUUCUUCCCCCUCGACCUAGGGCCGAGAGGAGGGGGAUGGGAGACCUUGGGAGAAUGGGGGGGGACGGAGGGGAGGCCUGGGUCUCCACCCACCUCGCCCCUUUCCAGGACCCUGCGCCCUCCAUUUAAUCAGACAAAAGACGGGACGAGAGGGGUGGGGGGGCCGGCGCCUUAGGUGGCUCUGGGUUUGAGUUACACCCGGGACAGCCCGAGCUCGCCGCCGUCCGCAGCCUUUCCUGAUCCCCUCUGAAGGGGUGAGGGCUGCAGGGGGAGGCGGAGGGAGUCUGUCUUGAGCAAACACUAAAGGUGGUAGUGUCCCCAUCCCCCCCACCCCCCAGCCCGUCUGCUGCUCCCCUUCCCCGCUGCUGUAUUGGCCCCCUUUCCCUGCACUCAAUAAACACACUAGAUUUGUCUA